AUGGAGCGCCAGUCUAGUUUCAUUUCCAUCUGGCUCCAACUGGAACUCUGCGCCAUGGCGGUUCUUCUGACCAAAGGAGAGAUCAGGUGCUACUGUGACGCGCCACACUGCGUGGCCACCGGCUACAUGUGCAAGUCUGAGCUGAACGCCUGCUUCACCAAGGUCCUGGACCCGCUCAGCGCCAACUCACCCCUCACCCACGGCUGCCUGGACCCCGUCUCCGGCGCCGCGGACGUCUGCGGCAGCGGCCGCCGCUCCGCCGACCCCCUCGGCGGUGCGCUGAUGUUGGAGUGUUGCCACGACGAUAUGUGCAACUACAGGGGCCUGCAAGACCUGGCGCACACCAGGGACUCAACAGAGAGCCGUUACCCCACCGACGGCAACCGGAACCUGGUGACGCGCGUGCAGGAGCUGGCCUCGGCCAAGGAGGUGUGGUUCCGGGCGGCGGUGAUCGCCGUGCCCAUCGCCGGCGGCCUCAUCCUGGUGCUGCUCAUCAUGCUGGCGCUGCGGAUGCUGCGCAGCGAGAACAAGCGGCUGCAGGACCAGCGGCAGCAGAUGCUGUCGCGCCUCCACUACAGCUUCCACGGUCACCACACCAAGAAGGGCCACGUGGCCAAGCUGGACCUGGAGUGCAUGGUGCCGGUGUCGGGCCACGAGAACUGCUGCCUGACCUGCGACAAGAUGCGGCAGGCCGAGCCGGGCGGCGGCGGCGACAAGAUCCUGUCGUUGGUGCACUGGGGGAUGUACAGCGGCCACGGCAAGCUGGAGUUCGUCUGACUGCCUCUAAAAGGACAUUCCUUUGUUUUGUUUUUUGUUUGUUGUUUUGCUAAAACAAUGCGGGACUGAUCUCAUGCCGCGCGUUUUUGUUUUUUUUUGCUAGAGGAGCACUUUACUUGAAAAUGAAAAGGCAGAUCUGUAUUUAAACUUGAGAGGGGCUCGCUGAGGAUCCUGGACUUUCUACACUGAAACGCUGAAGGAUUCCAAAAUUUUUUGUCUUAUUUGCACAUUUGUUGUCGUUUCUUUCUUUUUUUUUUUUAGUUAAAAAAAAAAAAAAAAUCAAAAAACCAAGAUUUUUACACUGACACCAGGGUACAAGAAAAGGACUGAUUGAGGAGGAAGCGAGAGAGAGAGAGAUCUCGGUGCUUUUGGACUGUAGGUGUGAACACUCCUCUGGAUGUUUCAUGAUUCAAGCUUAUUGUAAAGAUUUAAAUAUAUCUAUAUAUAUUUUUGUCUGAGAAAACUGACCGGUGUGCGUCUUCUUUGGAGUGAAUGUUCCAACUUCUUUCUGUGAUCAGACUAAAAGCUUGAUUGUAUGUAUGUAUGUGUGUGUGUGUGUGUGGGUGCGCAUGUGUGAAAGAACUUCAAUUAAAGUGACUUUUUAUUUAAA